AUGGCGAGAUCAACAAUAGACUCGCCUGCCGUGGUGCGGAGAAAGAGACAACGGCGCGUUGCCGACGAGGAUCGGAAGCGGUCAGCCCGCGCAGAAAGAUCGCCCGGGCCUCCAGAUGUCACUCUGGCAUCCCCAUUCUCCGUUCAUGGGCCAAUGGUGACGCCUGACAACAUUGGCGAUACCCCUCGGGAUGAUGCUCCCGUGGAUAACCAAGGGGAAAUACUCUCACCUUCCUCCGCAUUAUCCCAGGGUCUCGCUAAACACGUUAUUGCUGACCAUUCUAAGAGAGUACCCUGGCCGAAUAUCUUGUCCCGACUUCGGGAGGCCUUCUCUCUCGAUCCCCAAGCCGCCCCAGAGGAACGAGAUAUGGUUGCUAUGCAAGCCCGUAUGAUCUGUCCAAAGGCACUUCACCCUUCAGAACUUUUGAGGCUGCGGGAGGUCACCGACGCCUUUCCUCCCCGUCCGGUCGCUGACUUUCUUUUCUCUGUUUUCACCAAACAUGCAACGGAUACUUUCUUCUAUUUUGACCAGGCGCAAUUUCUAGCCGAACUCGAUCAGUUCUACACUGACACAUCUUCACCUCUGAGAUUCGACUCGGCCUUCAUUUGUCUCGCAAUGGCCACUUUCGCCUUGGCUAGCCAGUGGACGCCCAUGGAACGGCCCGAAAGCUCUGACAUUGAAGAGCAACGAAGCAAUGCCGAUCUUGGUCGGGUAUUUUAUUGUCACGCUAGAACGUUAAUACCCGAUAUAAUAGAUCGGCCCUGCUUGAGAUCAAUUCAGGCGCCUUUCGUCUUAGGCGUGUAUUUGCUGCCGGCGAGCGCGGUUGGGUCCUCGUAUGUCUACAUGGGCUUAGCAUUACGCAAGGCCUUGGCAUCCGAUCUUCAUCUACAUUCAGAAGAUCAAGGAAUAGGUGAUCGAGAAAGGGAAGUGCGACGGCGGCUUUGGUGGUGUACAACGAUUAAGUUGAAUCGACCUCGCUCUGUGAGCACCGAUAUAAUCACAGUACCCUCUCCGGCGCCAUAUCCGCCGCUCGACCGGUCACAAAUUUUUAACAACAUAGAUUGCCAAAUAGCCUACACUCGACUGGUAAUGAUUCUUGAUCAAAUUGCCGAUAUUGGAGAGGGCUCGGUUGAACAGACGGACCUUUCUUAUGCCCAGUGGGAAGCAAGUCUCAAGGAAUGGAAAAAAUCCUUGCCUUCGGAUUUCAAACUCGAUCAAAUUGAUCCCAAGACCUCCAGAUAUCGCACAGUUCUCCAUCUCCAUCUAAAUUACUACUACGCGUGGAUUACUAUGGGCAAGGUUGCGCUGGUUACAGUUGCUCGAACCCACCUGCGACAACACUUGCACCCUGAAACUUCAGCGCCAAAACUUUGUGAUAGGAUCAGAAAACAUGCCAAGGCUUGUAGCAAAGCCGCGCGGAAACUUUUACAAUUAUUUGAGAGCUUAACUCGGACCCAGAAGAUCACACGAUUCUCUUUCACUGAUUUUCAAGGCUGCAGCAUUGCGACUAUUGUGACAUUGGUUGCUGGUAUAAUAGAACGUGAUUCUGGAUACCAUUCCCGAGUGGCUUUCGGCUUGGAUUGUCUCACUAAAAUGGCCACUGGCAACAUGACGGCAAAGAUGGGCGUCAGAUUUGUUCAAGCAAUUCAAUCUAUUACGACCGAAGCUGCGGAUAAACUGAGUCGCGCCACUUCCCACAAAAAUUGGCCUGGGCAUGACUUGGACACAUCCGUCGCUCUUGGUUAUAACCAAUGGAACGAAUGGCUCACGGUACAAGAGCGUUCGUCCAGCGAUGCAGCGUCAACACAGCAAGCUGCGUUUGAGUAUUUGGAAUCAACAAUUGGCGGCCUCUCCUCAUGGCAGUCCCCGGAGGAGCAGUUGUGCCACUCGAACUCCUUUAUGCCGAAAAGCUCUACAGAAUUUUCAACAGUCCCUGGAGUAUCGGAACUUGGGGAGCCCCAUUACUUCUCGGCUCUUUAUGCAGAUGAGCAGACAUUACUGAUGGGUUUGACUGGAAUUGAUGCCUUGGACUUUUCCAGCCUGACAAGUCAAUUAUAG